AUGAAGCUAUCUCGAGAGAACAAGAAGAUGAAGCAAGAGCUUAAUGAUACCAGAGCCUUUACGUCUUCAAAGUCUGAGCAUAAGCUUGGUACAGAGCGAUUACAUAGGAUAGAGGAGGAGAAGGAUCGCGUCGACGCCCGAUUGAGGGAUGAGGCUGCUCGAGGAAAAGUGAUUGAUGAUCGUAUUGGGGUCCUCGAAGAUAAGAUUCGUUCUCUGCGAGAAGAGCUUGCUCGCCGAGGUGGGAUCAAUGCCGCUAAGGAGACUGACGAGGCGAUUGAAAAGCAGGUCAAAGUCCUGGACAACCGGCUCGAGAAGAACCUUCAGAAGUUCAAUGAAGUCAUCGCAGUUAACACCAGAUUACGGGAUCGGAUCGAUACUUUGAGGAGGGAAAGGGUUGUAUUCGACUCCAUCUAUAGGAAGCUCGAGAUAGAACUUCAAGAGAAGAAGAAGGAAAUGGCCAACAUCAUUGAGCAGGCCAAUGCAGCCUAUGAAGCCCGGGAUCAGGCUCAGGCUCAAAUGACAGCUCUCAAGCAGCAAGCCGAUAGAGAGCACCACGAGUUCGAGAAGGAGUGGAAAGAACUGGGUCGCCUUAUUGAGAAUGAUAAGAAGAUGAAGGACUUCAUAAGGCAGAAAGAGAGGUCUCGCAUAGAGGAUUCUGGGAAGAGUGGCAACUCUGACGUUCUCGCUCUAGAUAAUCUUAAUGAUGAAAUGGGGACAACUGAGGACAAGGCCGAUAUUCGUAUGACGGCAGAUAAG